AAAAUCGUCUCUUCAAAUAAUGGCGACUCAAACAAUGAAAAAUAUAUACAGUGUUUUGAUGAUCGUACUUUUAUUUACAAUGAUGGUUUCAACAUACGCGAGUACGGUGGAAGUGUGUGUUAAGCAUUGUGUCCCGAAUCAGUGCAUGAAAAUUUCUAAAAAGGUAACUAUUCCUUUAUGUGAGAAUGCUUGCAAAAAGCUCUGCAACCAAAACAAAUUUUCUGAUGAGAAAUACUACACCAUGCCUCCUGGAGACUUAUGCGAGGGAUUUUUUGGGUUACUAUGUAAUAACUGAAACUUAAGAAAUCCGUAAAAUACUUUAUGUGUGUGGUUUCCUAUCUUUAAAUUAAUUAAUAUAUUAUGUAAGCAUCUAAUUUAUUUCUAAUAAUUUAUUUUGUGUCGGUUUCGAUCUUACAAACAAAAUUUGAUUAUUUGAGUUUGAAAUUGUCAAAAGCCAUUAAAUUCUAUGGUGAUGAUCACUUCACGAUUUAUUCACAAAAAACUUUAGAAUUUUGACAUACGUGUGAGACAAACAUUGCUAUAUUACAUGUCCAUAAAUUUGUAAUGUUCCGACUGUCAUUACAUGUUUUCUUUCGGUCAAUUGGCCCAUCUUUGUCCGACGUCAAGUUCGUUAUUUCUGUGACAACUAAAUAAGUUAUCCAUCUCAGCGCAAAUCCGGGUGUUUCGUGAGAAGUCAAAACUCCUACUAAUUAAAAUUGAUUAUCAUUUUAGUAUAGAUGCAAUCAUACGUGGUAUUAUCUCCCCUAGACAUGUUUUGACUACGGUUCAGCUCACUAAUAGGCCACAGCUUUCGGCCGCAAAAAGUUCGAUGCUUUUAUGCUAAUAUGUAACUAGUUAAUUACUUAUAUAUAGUUUGGUAAAUAAUCAAGUUUAAUUUACUCAUUUGUGUAUAUAUUAUUAUACUAAUUUGGAACGAUACAUUGUUUGGAAUAACAAUAGAAACCUACCUUAUUAACAAAAGAAAAAACGGAUA